AUGUCAUCUUGUGAAUUACUUGAGCCUCCCAGUUGUUCAUCUUCUUCACCGCCUCACGCCAAACAUUCUUCAACCAGUACAGAAGUCGUACCUCUUUCUCUGGGUCCUUCAACUAGCUUUUACUUCAACCUCAAUCAAACCUACAAACCUACUCAGGAAACAUUACCAAUCAUCGAUACCCACAAAAACGAUCUCGCUUAUAAGGUCUUGAAACCUAGAAUCAAGAGACCAGACACAAAGGAUACCCCAUUAAUCUUGAUUCAUGGAUUGGGUGCGGUCGGACUAAUUGAUUGGUCUCCAAUUGCGGAAUUGCUAUCUUACGAUCGUACCGUGGUAGUAUUUGAUAACCGGGAUAUUGGUUGGAGUCGGCUUUCUAAAGGUCGAGAGAAUGACCGUUGA